AACAGUUUUUCCAUGUCUUAUCGUGAAGUUUCCUGUUGACAAUACUGGCCGAUUAGGCUGAACGUGUCCACAAUUUGGUCCCUUUGUUUUGAGCCUCUCUGAGUGGCUGUGAUUUGUCUAUGAUAGCAAACCUACUGCUUUCCAAAGUGUUGAAGGAGACCUUCCAGCCAGGUUAGAUCAUGGUUCUGAGUGCUACCGGUUCUGAAUGAAUAUUUAGAUAUGACCCUAGUUUAUUUCUGAAGUUGCAGCUUCGCAGAAACUGGGAUCCCUGAGGGAAAAACUCAUGCGGAAGAGAAAUGGCAUGGGAAGGAAAACUUGAAUGUUCCAGAAUGAAGAACCUCAGAAAUGUCUCUACCUCUGGACCGGAAUGCUGAGUCCGAUCCCCGCAGCUCGCCCUCUGCCACUGCAUCCCGCCCGCUGAGCCUGGAGCGCCAGAAGACCCCGAUAGCGGCUCAUGGACGAGGCGGGCUCCCCGGAUCCUGCGAGGACAGGAGGUGACUGUGAAUCCCAGUUACACCACUGUGAUAGCAAUAUUCAAGGUGAUGGCUCUGGAGCAAGUACAAGAGAGACAUCCAGGCGACUGUCGAGAGAACAGAUUUUUGUACUGGUAUCAGCAGCGACCAUGAACUUGGGAUGCAUGAUGACCUAUUCCAUCCUUGGACCAUUUUUCCCUAAGGAGGCACAAAAAAAGGGGGCCAGCAACACCACAGUUGGAAUGAUCUUCGGAUGCUAUGCAUUAUUUGAAUUACUGGCAUCUCUGGUGUUUGGAAAAUAUCUUGUACACAUUGGAGCCAAAUUCAUGUUUGUAGCAGGAAUGUUUGUCUCAGGAGGAGUUACAAUUCUCUUUGGUGUCUUGGAUCAACUACCAGAAGGACCGAUAUUUAUUUCCAUGUGUUUUCUGGUGAGAAUAGCAGAUGCCAUAGGCUUUGGUGCGGCCAUCACGGCGUCGUCUUCCAUCCUUGCUAAGGCCUUCCCAAAUAAUGUGGCUACAGUCAUGGGAAGUCUUGAGGUUUUUUCUGGCCUGGGGCUGGUGGCAGGUCCCCCUUUGGGUGGCCUUUUGUAUCAAUCCUUUGGCUACGAGGUGCCCUUUAUUUUUCUGGGGUGCAUAGUUCUGCUGAUGAUACCACUCAACCUAUGCAUUUUGCCUAGUUAUGAGUCCGAUCCAGGGAAACAGUCCUUCUGGAAACUUGUCACCUUACCCAAGAUCAGCCUUAUAGCCUUCGUGAUCAUUUCUCUCAGCUCCUGCUUUGGCUUCCUCGACCCAACCCUGUCUCUCUUUGUCAUGGAGAAGUUCAGUUUGUCAACUGGAUACGUGGGACUGGUCUUCCUGGGUCUGUCUCUAACCUACACCAUUUCCUCGCCGCUGUUUGGUCUACUCAGUGAUAAGAUGCCUAAUCUAAGGAAAUGGUUUCUGGUUUUUGGAAACUUAAUCACAGCUGCGUGCUACAUGCUGUUAGGACCUGUUCCCCUUCUGCACAUUAAAAGUCAGCUCUGGCUUCUUGUGCUGGUGUUAGUUGUAAAUGGCGUCUCUGCUGGAAUGAGCAUCAUCCCGACCUUCCCAGAGAUGCUCAGUUGUGCAUAUGAAAAUGGAUUUGAAGACGGCAUAAGUACGCUGGGACUCAUAUCUGGUCUUUUUGGUGCCAUGUGGUCAGUUGGUGCUUUCAUGGGACCUAUCCUGGGAGGAUUUCUGUGUGAGAAACUUGGUUUUGAGUGGGCAGCAGCUCUACAAGGCUUAUGGUCUCUGCUAAGUGGUGUCGCGAUGGCCUUAUUUUACCUCUGGGAGGACUCAACGACAAGAAGAAGAUCUAAAGCUCAGAACAUCGUUGGCACAGAGGAGGAACGAGCUGCUCUCUUGCCCAAUGACAUCUAGCUUUGCAAGCUCUGAGUUGAUCCAGAUCCUGAGACAGGUGCCAUGACUAUGAUCACAGUACCUGGAGGAGCUUCUUGUGAUCUGUGCUUCCUGCACCCUGGAAGUGUCAAGCUGCUUUUACAUGACCCGGAGCCAGGAUGCGCUUCCUGUAGUUCCAGAAAGCUGGCUCGCCAAGGCGGCCCACUGGAACAUCUACGAGAAGGGUGAACCAACUGAAGCUGAUGUUUUUAAAGACCGACCUUGCCCAUCAAGUGUUUUUAUUGAUCGUCUUUGCUUUCUCAUUCUUAUGUUCAGUUUGCACUCCAAGUUCACAGGUGCUGUGGAUGUGCCUCUUGAAAUUGAUAAGUGAAAAAAAAUGAAGCUAUUUAAUUCACAUUGAACAUAUAAAAUAGAACGAAUAAUUUCAUGAAAUUGGCUUUGAAAGAUGGCCUUUCUCUGCACCAAAGUUUGUACUCAUCAAAAAGGCAAACUUCCUGCCUGCCAUAUAAAAACUCCAGAGCAUUUCUUGGCUUUCAGUUUUUCUAAAAAUGUUUGCAUGGCAGGUCCAAGAAAAACACUGCAUGCACUUGUGUCCUGUUGUGAUCUUGGCUUAUACACAUUAUUCACAUACCAUUGUUUGUUUCUGAUCUUAGCCUGUCUUUGUUUUAGACUCACAAUUUAUUUGCUUAUUGUGUUUACUGCUCUCCAUACUCCUGCGAAAUGUGUUCCAUCACGAGGAAGGGCAACACCCUUCUGCCCAACCAUGCUCACCUCAUGUGGUCCAUGCUGGAGAAACACUCCAACUUCACAGAAAGCCCUUGCUGCUACUUGAAAUUAGAAUGGCAACUUUGUACCUCCUGAUUCAUUUUCAUAUUGUAGUAGCUGCAUUUCCUUUCUAAUAGAAUAAUAAAUGAUUUUUGUCUAGC